CGUACCCUUAACCUUAAAACAGGUUUGCUUGUCGUCGAUGCUUACCAGCAAGAAGUCAAGUUUCUGCACGAGUGCACAUGCAGUCGGGCCAGCCAGCCGCAAUGCUGCUCAGUUACCAUUUAGCACCGACCGACAGCGCUCGCACCAUGGGCAGCUUAGUGGAGUUCCAAAAGCUACCCUACAACCCGGCCAGCCCGCUAGAACCGCGAACGACCUUGAUUACCUUGGUGCGAGCCGUGCGGGUUGUCGUCAACAUUCUAGUGUUUAUAGCGAAGCUCAUCCCGUUGCUGAUUUACUUGCUGCUACGAAAAUUCAUCUGCCGAAAACCGAAAGAUAUCCGCGGCUGGGUGGCCUUGGUGACCGGAGGAGCAAACGGGCUCGGCCGCCAGAUUGCAAUCGAGUUGGCCAAGGACGGCUGCCAUGUUGCUGUGGCCGAUCUGGACGAGUACGGUGCGAUGCGAACCGUUCUCGAGCUGCGUUACUAUGGAGUGAAAGCCGCCGCCUACUGCGUGGAUGUGGCAAACGCCAGCCAGGUUCGAGACCUGCAACGAAGGGUAGAAGCCGAACUCGGACCGGUGGACAUACUGGUGAACAACGCCGGACUGGUUCCUUUUCUGGUGUCUGAUGAGUACGUACCGGAGAACUUGCAACGGUUGGUGAAUGUGAACAUUUUGGCGAAUUUUUACACGGUAAACACAUUCCUCCCGGGAAUGUACGUCAGGCAGAGGGGUCACAUUGUGACCAUUAGUUCGGCGGCGGCCUACUUGAGCUUGGGUCUGAUGCGGCACUACACUACCACAAAGUAUGCUAUGCGAGGUUUCAUGGAGGAGCUUCGGGACGAAAUUCGACUGGCUGGUCAUUCAAAGUGGGUGAAAACGACGACCAUUUACCCCUUUCAGCUGAAUACGCGGAAGGAACUGGUGACUGCGGUGCUGAAAUUGCCAUACUUUUCAAAACUCCCGGUCGUCGACCCGAUGGUAGCCGCCCAAUCAAUCGUACGGUCGAUCCGAAUUAACAAGCGCAAAGCAUUUGCUCCCGACUGGUUCGCUGUCCGAUGGGUGGCAUUUGUUGAAGACAUGCCCCGAAAGAUCAAGUACCUCUUCCAAGAUCAGCUGCUUAGUGGUGAUGAUUGAUAAAGAUGAUUUCGGAAGGCGUGAUUUGUUUUCGGUAUAACUUGUAAGUACAAACUCAUGACUAGUAAAACUACAAA